CCCAUGCGGUGAAGCCAGCCUGGGGGGUGGGGGGGCUGCUGCCUCAGGAGGCACCUGGCCUCUGGCUCCCACCCUCAGGGCUGUUGUAACAGCCUGUGACAGCAGCAGGGUGACAACACCGGCCCAGGGAGGCGGCAGGGGCAGGCUGGGCUGACCACACUACAGAGGGGCUCCCUGGGGGGGCAUGCCCGGCCACAGGAGCCCCGCGGCAGCCCUGGCUGAGAAUUCUGAAAACCCUCUUCCUCCCUGGAGCUGUGGGCAGGGCUGCUGGGACACUUUCAGUUUUGUUUCUGCAAGAAACGAAACUCAGCAGGAACACUAAGACGAGAACAUGGAGGCAGCCGUCCAGGAGUGCAGGAACUGCAAGAGAAGCGUGGCCUCUGCCCACUUGACCCUCCACGAGGCGCACUGCCUGCUGUCCCUGGUCCUUUGCCCGGAAUGCAAGGAGCCCGUCCUGCAGGCAGAGAUGGAGGAGCACCGCAAGAGCGGGCACCAGCAGGUCGGGUGUGCGAUGUGCCAGCAGAGCAUGCAGAAGCACUUGCUGGAGUCUCACGAGGCCACGGAAUGCCAGGAGCGCCCCGCCGAGUGUGAGUUCUGCAGGGGAACCAUGUGCCUUAGCAAGCUGGAGAUCCAUGAGCACCACUGCGGCAGCCAGACCGAGCUCUGCCUGGACUGCGGCCAGCUCAUCGUGGUCCGAAGGCUGGCCCAGCACAGAGAUGCGUGCCAGAGGGAGCAGGCCCAGCCCCGGAGAGGGAAGAGAAUUCCAGCUCCUGAAAAAAGUAUCUGCUGUCAUGAUUGUCACCAAAUGAUCCCAGAAAAUAAGUAUUUACACCAUAUGGGUAAAUGCCGCGCAGUCUCCCAGUCUGCAAAAUAUUUGCCAACUGGAAAGCCAGCGAUUGCUCCUCCAUCCCUCCAAAGUCAGGCGGCUGAAGAUCAGACUUCCACAGCAGAAAGAGACGUUCGUCCAAAGAUAAGAAAUAUAAACAGAUUUCCUCUUCUUUUUGAAAACUCAACAAAGCAAGCACCAAGUGACACAAAGCCCCGGACCACCUCUCCUGUAGAUGAUGAGGCAGCUUAUGACAUCCUGAGGAGCUGCCCUCGCUGUGGCAUCCUGCUUCCCCUGCCGACCCUAAACCAACAUCAGGAGAAGUGCUGGUGGUUAGCUUCAUUGAAAGAAAGCAAGUGAGAAACUUCAGCUAGAUUUGGAAAAGAAAAGGGCUGUUGGUGUGCUCAAGAGCUACAGAUAAACCGGAAGGAAAAAAGCCUCCAGCUCUUCUGCCUGAGAAUUAUGAUCAAGCAUCAGGGCCCCACAGCCUGGACACCUUGGGGGCCCCGUGUCCAUUUUA